AUGUCUUCAGGAAUCAAGCCAAUCAAAGUCUACGGUCAAGGCGGCCCCAACCCACCCAAAGUCGCCAUUGUUCUUAAGGAACUUGGUGUCCCCUUCGAAGUGGUACCCAUCAGCUUCGCGGACGUCAAGAGUCCCGGAUACCUGGCCAUAAACCCCAACGGCCGGAUGCCAUCGAUCCAGGAUCCUAACACUGACAUCACCCUCUGGGAGUCCGGGGCAAUCGUUGAGUAUCUGAUCGAGCGCUACGACACGGCCUACAAAUUGAGCUUUGCUCCUGGGACGCCCGAGUCGUACCAUGCCAAGCAGUGGCUCUUCUUCCAGACCACGGGACAGGGCCCUUAUUAUGGUCAGGCUGUUUGGUUCAAGGUGUAUCACCCGGAGACGGUUCCCAGUGCUGUUGAGCGAUAUGCUAAAGAGAUACUGACACAUACCAGGGUCAACCGCGUCACCGGCGUCGUUGAAGGCCAUCUGGCCAAGGAAAAGGAGAAGGCCGGUGGCAAGGGCGACGGCCCAUGGCUCGUGGGCAACAAGAUGUCCUACGCGGAUAUCUCCUGGGUCUCAUGGCAGGUGAUCAUCGCCAAGGUCUUGCUUAGCAAGGACGAGUAUGACGUAGAAAACUAUCCGCACGUGAAGGAGUGGCUGGAGAAGAUGGCUUCGCGCGAGUCGGUCGUCGCAGCGCUUGCUGCUGCUGAGCCUAAGGAGACUAAUUAA